CACUCGGGGCGAGCCAGGCGAUGCCGUAGAGAGACGGUUCACUUUCUCAUUACCAAAAGGACGCAAUUCCUGGGACCUUCUCCUCCCUCUUUUUUACAUCUUUCAUUCGAGAGCGAGUCCGUGGAGACUGGAUUUUGCUUGCAGCCAUGAUUUCUUCCACCAAGUUCAAAUCUGUGGAUUUCUACAGAAAAAUACCAAGAGAUUUAACAGAGGCCACAUUAUCUGGAGCAGGAUUAUCCAUAGUAGCUGCUCUAUCCAUGAUGUUUUUAUUUGGAAUGGAAUUGAGUAAUUAUUUGAGUGUUAGCACGUCUACAUCUGUAAUUGUUGACAACAGUAAUGAUGGUGACUUCUUACGGAUGGACUUCAAUAUCAGUUUCCUUGCACUCUCAUGCGAAUUUGCUGCUGUAGACGUGCACGAUGUGUUAGGAACUAAUCGGUUGAAUAUUACGAAAACAAUUCGUAAAUUUUCUAUAGAUUCAAAUUUGCGGUCCACUGGUUCUGAGUAUCAAUCGGGGCCACUACUGAAUUUGAUUAAGCAUGGGGAUGAAGCAGAUGAAGAAACCAAUGAAGGUUCCACUGUGUUGAAUUCUCGGAACUUCGAUAGAUAUGCUAAUCAGCAUCCUAUUUUGGUGGUUAAUUUUUAUGCUCCUUGGUGCUAUUGGAGUAAUAAGCUGAAACCUUCGUGGGAGAAGGCUGCCAAAACUAUAAGAGAAAGAUAUGAUCCAGAAUUUGAUGGACGAAUUCUCAUGGCAAAGGUUGAUUGCACGGAAGAUGGUGAAUUGUGCCGGAAGCAUCACAUACAAGGUUAUCCAUCUAUUCGCAUUUUCCGGAAGGGAAGUGAUGUAAGGGAUGAUCAUGGACACCAUGACCAUGAAUCUUAUUAUGGAGAUCGAGAUUCAGAAUCGCUGGUUAAGACAAUGGAAGAUUUGAUUGCACCUCUUCCAAUGGGAUCACAAAAGUUAGCUUUAGAGGAUAAAUCCAACAAUGCAACAGGAAAUGUUAAAAGGCCUGCUCCAUCAGCAGGAGGCUGCCGGAUUGAAGGAUAUGUCCGUGUAAAGAAGGUUCCAGGAAGCCUUGUACUUGCAGCUCGUUCUGAAUCUCAUUCAUUUGAUCCAUCUCAAAUGAAUAUGUCACAUGUCAUAUCUCACCUUUCAUUUGGUAGGAAGAUUUCCCCCAAGGCAUUUAACGACGCCAAACAAUUAAUUCCGUACAUUGGUAUAAGCCAUGAUAGGUUGAAUGGACAGUCAUUCAUUAAUCAGCGUGAAUUGGGUUCAAAUGUUACUAUAGAGCAUUAUCUUCAAAUAGUUAAAACAGAGGUGCUGACAAGGAGAUCUGGUAAGUUACUUGAAGAGUAUGAAUACACAGCUCACAGCAGCGUGUCGCAGAGUGUUCACAUACCUGUUGCAAAGUUCCAUUAUACGCUCUCUCCCAUGCAGGUUGUGAUCACGGAAAACCAAAAGUCUUUUUCACAUUUCAUCACAAAUGUUUGUGCCAUAAUUGGAGGUGUCUUUACGGUCGCUGGAAUAUUGGAUGCACUUCUGCACAAUACUAUGAGACUCAUGAAGAAAGUUGAACUAGGCAAGAAUUUUUGAUAGUCAUAGCUUUACCAGGAAUUUUCACUACACGCCACUUCGACAUGCAAAGAAGCAGUGUUCUGUUGAAAACUUUCCUGCUUGGUAAACGAUUUUGUAGGAUUUGAAUUCCUGAAUAAAUUCAAUUAUGUGCGUUCACAUUUUCUAAUAAA